UCUUGUUAUAUAAUUUAAUUUCGUUUUACCUGAGUAGUCAUUUGUACAUCAACUAGGUUUUCUAAAAAUUAUUUUGAAAUAAGGAAAAGGCUAGAGAAUCCCAAAGAGUACCUUCGUUUUGAAAAAUAACAGUGUGGGUCAUAACCAUGAAUCGGUAUUAAAAAAAUCCGUUGAUUUUCAUGUUCUGUGAUUUUUUUUUUAAUUGGAUAAACUUUUAUCAUUUUGGAUACUAGUGUUACCUGCUUUUGGGAUAUAAGUAAAUUUUCGAAACGGAUUAAUUUAUAAUCAAUUCAAUUUAGGGCUAAAAUGUUAAUCAUAGGACGGCAAAUAAUAACGUUGAUGGUAGUUAGAAUAUUUAUUGCACUGCUUUUUUUUGCAUCUAUUGCUUUAUCGACAACAACAACCGAAGAAUCAACAGAUUCUACUGCUACUACGACUGUAAAUACAAGGGUAGUUACAAACACUGUAAACAUAGCAGAAACUACAACAGAAACUACAACUGAUUUAACAACCGAAACAACGGCAAAUUCUGCAAAUACUACAACUGAUGGUACAACAGCAAUUGCAACUGAUUUAACAACCGAAACAACGCCAAAUACUGCAUAUAUCACAAUUGAUGUUACAACAGCAAACACAACUGAUGUAGCGACAGAAACCACAACUGAUGUAAUGACCGAAUUAACGGUAAGUACUGCAGAUACUACAACUGAUGGAACAACAGCAACCACAACUAAUGUGACGACAGAAACCACAACUGAUGUGGUGACAGAAAUUUCAACUGAUGGUACAACAGAAACCACGACUGGUGUAGUGACUGAACCUACAACUGAUGUAACGACCGAAACAACGGCAAAUACUACAGAUACUACAGCUGUUGUUACAACAGAAACCACAGCCGAUAUGGCAACUGAAACUACAACUGAUGUAACGACCAAAACAACAGCAAAUACUGCAGAUACCACAACUGAUGUUACAACAGAAACCACAACAGAUGUGGUGACAGAAACUACAACUGAGGUAACGACCGAAACAACGGUAAAUACUGCAGAUGCUACAACUGCUGUUACAACUGAUGUUACAACAGAAACUACAACUGAUGUAACGAUUGAAACAACGGCAAAUACUGCAGAUUCUACAACUGAUGGUACAAAAGAACCUACAACUGAUGUAACGACCGAAACAAUGGCAAAUACUGCAGAAACUACAACUGUUGUUACAACAGAAAACACUGAGACACCAACAUUAGAAACUACUACAGAAGCAACAACUUUAGAAAACAAAACUGAGGCAACUACAUUACAAACUACUACAGAGGCAACUACAUUAAAAACAACUAUAGAGAAACUACUACAGAGAAACUACUACAGAGAAACUACAACUGAUGCAACAACCUUAGAAACUACCACAGAGGCAAAAACAUUAGAAACUACAACUGAUGCAACUACCUUAGAAACUACCACAGAGGCAACAACAUUACAAACUACUACAGAGGCAACUACAUUAGAAACUACAACUGAUGCAACAACCUUAGAAACUACCACAGAGGCAACAACAUUACAAACUACUACAGAGGCAACAACAUUACAAACUACUACAGAGGCAACAACAUUAGAAACUACUACAGAGGCAACUACAUUAGAACCUACAACUGAUGCAACAACCAUAGAAACUACUACAGAGGCAAAAACAUUAGAAACUACAACUGAUGCAACUACCUUAGAAACUACCACAGAGGCAACAACAUUACAAACUACUACAGAGGCAACUACAUUAGAAACUACAACUGAUGCAACAACCUUAGAAACUACCACAGAGGCAACAACAUUACAAACUACUACAGAGGCAACAACAUUACAAACUACUACAGAGGCAACAACAUUAGAAACUACUACAGAGGCAACUACAUUAGAACCUACAACUGAUGCAACAACCUUAGAAACUACUACAGAGGCAACUACAUUAGAAACUACAACUGCUGCAACAACAGUAGAAACUACAACAGAGGCAACUACAUUACAAACUACAACUGAUGCAACUACCUUAGAAACUACCACAGAGGCAACAACAUUACAAACUACUACAGAGGCAACUACAUUAGAAACUACAACUGAUCCAACAACCUUAGAAACUACCACAGAGGCAACAACAUUAGAAACUACUACAGAGGCAACAACAUUAGAAACUACAACAGAGGCAACUACAUUAGAAACUACUACAGAGGCAACUACAUUAGAAACUACUACAGAGGCAACAACAUUACAAACUACUACAGAGGCAACAACAUUAGAAACUACUACAGAGGCAACUACAUUAGAAACUACUACAGAGGCAACAACAUUAGAAACUACUACAGAGGCAACUACAUUAGAACCUACAACUGAUGCAACAACCUUAGAAACUACUACAGAUGCAACAACCUUAGAAACUACUACAGAGGCAACAACAUUAGAAACUACUACACAGGAAAUUACAUUAGAAACUACUACAGAGGCAACAAUAUUAGAAACUACCACAGAGGAAACUACAUUAGAAACUACAACUGAUGCAACAACCUUAGAAACUACUACAGAGUCAACUACAUUAGAAACUACAACUGAAACAACAACAUUAGAAACUACUACAGAGGCAACAACAUUACAAACUACUACAGAGGCAACUACAUUAGAAACUACAACUGAUGCAACAACCUUAGAAACUACCACAGAGGCAAAAACAUUAGAAACUACUACAGAGGCAACUACAUUUGAAACUACUACAAAGGCAACUACAUUAGAAACUACCACGGAGGCAACAACAUUAGAAACUACUACAGAGGCAACUACAUUAGAACCUACAACUGAUGCAACAACCUUAGAAACCACUACAGAGGCAACUACAUUACAAACUACAACUGAUGCAACUACCUUAGAAACUACUACAAGGGCAACAACAUUACAAACUACUACAGAGGCAACUACAUUAGAACCUACAACUGAUGCAACAACCUUAGAAACUACUACUGAGGCAACUACAUUAGAAACUACAACUGAUGCAACAACCUUAGAAACUACCACAGAGGCAACAACAUUAGAAACUACUACAGAGGCAACCACAUUAGAAACUACAACUGAUGCAACAACAUUAAAAACUACUACAGAGGCAACAACAUUAGAAACUACUACAGAGGCAACAACAUUAGAAACUACUACAGAGGCAACAACAUUAGAAACUACUACAGAGGCAACUACAUUACAAACUACAACUGAUGCAACUACCUUAGAAACUACUACAGAGGCAACAACAUUACAAACUACUACAGAGGCAUCUACAUUAGAAACUACAACUGAUGCAACAACCUUAGAAACUACCACAGAGGCAACAACAUUACAAAUUACUACAGAGGCAAGUACAUUAGAAACUACAACUGAUGCAACAACCUUAGAAACUACUACAGAGGCCUCGACAUUAGAAACUACUACAGAGGCAACUAUAUUAGAAACUACUACAGAGGCAACAACCUUAGAAACUACUACAGAGGCAACAACCUUAGAAACUACUACAGAGGCAACAACAUUAGAAACUACUACAGAGGCAACUACAUUAGAACCUACAACUGAUGCAACAACAUUAGAAACUACUACAGAGGCAACAACCUUAGAAACUACUACAGAGGCAACAACCUUAGAAACUACUACAGAGGCAACAACAUUAGAAACUACUACAGAGGCAACUACAUUAGAAACUACUACAGAGGCAACUACAUUAGAAACUACUACAGAGGCAACUACAUUACAAACUACUACAGAGGCAACAACAUUACAAACUACUACAGAGGCAACUACAUUAGAAACUACUACAGAGGCAACUACAUUAGAAACUACUACAGAGGCAACUACAUUAGAAACUACUACAGAUGCAACUACAUUAGAACCUACAACUGAUGCAACAACCUUAGAAACUACUACAGAGGCAACUACAUUACAAACUACAACUGAUGCAACUACCUUAGAAACUACCACAGAGGCAACAACAUUACAAACUACUACAGAGGCAACUACAUUACAAACUACAACUGAUGCAACAACCUUAGAAACUACCACAGAGGCAACAACAUUAGAAACUACUACAGAGGCAACAACAUUAGAAACUACUACAGAGGCAACUACAUUAGAAACUACUACAGAGGCAACUACAUUAGAAACUACUACAGAGGCAACAACAUUACAAACUACUACAGAGGCAACUACAUUAGAAACUACUACAGAGGCAACUACAUUCAAAACUACUACAGAGGCAACAACAUUAGAAACUACUACAGAGGCAACUACAUUAGAACCUACAACUGAUGCAACAACCUUAGAAACUACCACAGAGCCAACAACCUUAGAAACUACUACAGAUGCAACAACCUUAGAAACUACUACAGAGGCAACAACAUUAGAAACUACUACACAGGAAAUUACAUUAGAAACUACUACAGAGGCAACAAUACUAGAAACUACCACAGAGAAAACUACAUUAGAAACUACAACUGAUGCAACAACCUUAGAAACUACUACAGAGGCAACUACAUUAGAAACUACAACUGAUGCACCUACAUUAGAAACUACCACGGAGGCAACAACAUUAGCAACUACUACAGAGGAAACUACAUUAGAACCUACAACUGAUGCAUCUACAUUAGAAACUACAACUGAUGCAACAACCUUAGAAACUACCACAGAGGCCACAACAUUAGAAACUACCACAGAGGCAAAACCUACAACUGAUGCAACAACCUUAGAAACUACCACAGAGCCAACAACCUUAGAAACUACAACAGAUGCAACAACCUUAGAAACUACUACAGAGGCAACAACAUUAGAAACUACUACACAGGAAAUUACAUUAGAAACUACUACAGAGGCAACAAUACUAGAAACUACCACAGAGAAAACUACAUUAGAAACUACAACUGAUAAACUACCACAGAGAAACUACUACAAGGAACCUACAACUGAUGCAACAACCUUAGAAACAACUACAGAGGCAUCUACAUUAGAAACUACAACUGAUGCAACAACCUUAGAAACUACCACAGAGGCCACAACAUUAGAAACUACCACAGAGGCAAGUACUUCAGAAACUACAACUGAUGCAACAACCAUAGAAACUACUACAGAGGCAACUACAUUAGAAACUACAACUGAUGCAACAACCAUAGAAACUACUACAGAGGCAACUACAUUAGAAACUACUACAGAGGCAACAACAUUACAAACUACUACAGAGGCAACUACAUUAGAAACUACUACAGAGGCAACUACAUUAGAAACUACUACAGAGGCAACUACAUUAGAAACUACUACAGAGGAAACUACAUUAGAAACUACUACAGAGGCAACAAUAUUAGAAACUACUACAGAGGCAACUACAUUAGAAACUACAACUGAUGCAACAACAUUCGAAACUACUACAGAGGCAACUACAUUAGAAACUACAACUGAUGCAACUACAUUAGAAACUACAACUGAUGCAACAACCUUAGAAACUUCUACAGAGGCAACUACAUUACAAACUACUACUGAUGGAUCAACCUUAGAAACUACUACAGAAGCAACUACAUUACAAACUACAACUGAUGCAACAAUCUUAGAAACUACUACAGAGGCAACUCCAUUAGAAACUACUACAGAGGCAACUACAUUAGAACUUACAACUGAUGCAACAACCUUAGAAACUACUACAGAGGCAAUUACCGUAGAAACUACAACUGAUGCAACAACAUUAGAAACUACAACAGAAGCAACAACCUUAGAAACUACAACAGAUGCACCAACAUUAGAAACUACAACAGAGGCAACAACAUUAGAAAGUACAACUGAUGCAAAAACAUUAGAAACUACAACUGGGACAACAACAUUAGAAACUACCACAGAGGCAAUUUCCUUGGAAACUACGACAGAUGCAACGACAUUAAAAACUACAACAGGUGCAACUACAUUAGAAACAACAACUGAAGCAACUACAUUAGAAACUUCAACUGAGUCAACAAAAUUAGAAUCAACAACACCUACAACAACAUCAGAAACUACAACAGCCUCAAUGACUUUCGAAACAACAAUUGAGACAACAACAUUAUAUCUCACAACCCAGCCAGUAACAACAUCAUUGCCAACACCAACUUCUACACAAACAACAACCACAGUACAGACAACAUCAGCUGGAGCACGUGCCUCAGAAUUUAUGGCAUUCGGAGAACCAACUGCUGAUUCAAGACUUUACGGAGAUGACGUGUCAACUAAUAAUCUUAGAUGUUUCACAUCAAUUCCUUUCUUGGGUGACAGUUACAACUACUUGACAUUUUCUUCAAAUGGUCUAGCAUGCAUGGGAUGCAGAUAUACUUCCUAUGUUCCAAGAGAAUUGAACUUGGUUUCAGAUCGCGAUAUAAUAGCUGCAUUAUGGACAGAUUUAGUUGUAUCUAGAUCAACUGAGAAGAUGUAUUAUCAUCUCUAUAGUGACGAUGAUGAUUUUGGAAAUCGAACUCUGAUUGAUUCAGUUUUGAAUAAAGUUUCUUCUAAUGUCAAUUAUUACUCUCAAACAAGUGACUUUUCAGCAUCUUGUGUGUAUGUUGCGACAUGGGAGAAUGCAAGGCUAUAUGGUGAUAUUAACACUGUAACAUUUCAAUUUAUUUUGGCAACAAAUGGUGCAAAGACCUAUGCUUACUCCUUGUUUAAGGAUGUAAAUAUACUGCUUCCACCUGGUGGCAGACAAUGCUCUAUAGGAUAUUCAGGAUUAGGUGGAUCGUCAUCAAGUAUAUACUCCUUCACACAAAGUGCUUUUAAAGUUAGUGAAUUUAGAGGGAACACAUUUGAUGGUGUAAAUGGUGUAUUUUUUAUGUCACUUAAUGCAAAGGGUCCAAUACAAGAGAACCCAGCUUCUCAGUGUGUGAGGUGGUAUCGUAGGAAUGUUAAUUCAGUUAGAUGGAGCUUGAGAAAUCAGAGAUGGUGGUUAUCUCAGAUUUGUCCGUGCAAUCAGAGAAUGCUGGUUUUUGAUGGAAGAUUUUAUUUCCUUUCGUAUCAAAACGGUGCUGUGUGUUUUGCCAACUACAGAUUCGGUACCAGUCGUAUUUGCUGCUAUCACCAGUUCUAUGGGUUCCUUCUUAGGAACAGACCAGAUGCUGGUACUAUGGUCACAGGGAAUCCUUUUACUGAUAUUGUUACAUACCAAAGUGAUAAUAUUAUCCCUAAAAACAAUUGUUGUUACAAAUCAAAUAAUUGUCAUCUGUACUACACAGUAAGACCAGUGGGAUUUUGUUACAGGAGGUCACCAUUUGGUAUAUUCUUUACUUUUGGGGAUCCUCAUGUUGACACAUUGGAUGGAUUUCAAUACACAUUUAACGGCUGGGGUGAAUACACAAUGAUGAAAAUUGAAAAUGAAAAUGUAACUUUCGAAGUUCAAGCUAGAACAGAUUUAGCAACCUCAAAGAAUGGAACUGAACUGAAGAAAAUAAAUGCUACUAUAUUUAGUGGAUUUGCUGCAAAAGAAGACGGAAAUGCCUCUAUGCAAGUAGAAUUGGCCAGUGAUUUGGAAACAAUGGUUGUUUAUGGUAACGGAAACGACUACACAACACAGUUCAAUACUGAUGAAAACUUUAAAGUUUUUCUAACUGGCAUUGUAUUGAGACGUCAAAAUCAUACACUUGCUGUUGCUUUCUCUGAGUCAGGGAUUCAGUUAAACUUUCAGGUAAAAACUCGGCAGUUGACUUUGUCAGCAUCAGUUCCUGAGGAUUUUAAAGGUCAAGUUACAGGUCUUAUGGGAAAUUUUGAUGGCGACAAAAACAACGAAUUUGUAUUACCAAAUGGAGAUAUACUUUCAUCUAGUGAUAUUGAUACUGAAAGGGAAAUCUAUAACAAUUUUGGUCAGCUGUGGGAGACAACUGCAGCCAUUUCAAUAUUUGCUUAUACUGAUGGGAAAUCAUGGGCUGAUUACAGUCACCAAGAUUUUGUUCCAUUGUUUAUUGACGAGUUUAAAAAUACUACCCUCCAGUCAGCCUACACCAUCUGUGGUGGCAGUAGUGACCAGUAUAAAGCUUGUAUCUUUGAUUUCCUGGCGACUGGUGAUCAAUCAUUUGCUGAUGAUACUCAAUCAAUAAAUGAGGAAGCUGAGUCUGAAACUGCACAAUUACGAAAUGAGGCGCCAGAAAUAAGUGGACAAGAAUCUAUCAAAGUAGUAGUAAAUCAAUCUGUAAUUUUUAACUUCUCUGGUCAGGAUGAUAAAGCAGAUUUUAAAUACAGUAUAAUAGAUCAGCCAGGUGAAGGCACUUUUACAUCUGAUAAUUCUACAGGAAAUCUGACAUUAACAUGGACACCUGCAAAUCUCAAUACAGAAAAAAUCAGGGUAACUACUGUAGACAGUGAUGGUGUAACAGCAGAUGCUAUAGAGGUGGUGAUUAUUAUGUGUAGCGGAUGUUCCGGUGACCAAGGAACAUGUGAUUAUGACACUCUCAGAAAUGAAACCAAUCCCAACUUCUUGAUUGCCUCAUGUAACUGUACUACUGGUUGGUCUGGUGAUGACUGUGAAAUUGAUACAAAUGGUUGUGUUGAUAACCCAUGUGCUUUAGGACGUACCUGUAUAGAUUUAUUACCAGGUGAUGAAGAAGUAUUUGGUCGCGGUUACAACUGCUCUAAUUGUCCAGCCGGCUAUAAUAUUACAGCCGAUGAAAAGUGUGAAGAUAUAAAUGAAUGUUUAGAUGGAACAGAUAACUGUCCAGCAAACAGUAAUUGUACAAACACAGAUGGAAGCUUUACAUGUAUCUGUCUAGACGGGUUCAGAGAAGUUGGUUCUGAAUGUCAUGACAUUGACGAAUGCACUGAAAGAACAAGUGGUUGUGAACAGAUUUGUGCUAAUUGCGAUGGAAGCUUUACGUGUAGUUGUGUGUAUGGAUUUGAGCUGGUAGCUGACGGUAGCUGUAAUCAAACAAUAUUUGAUGUCUGUGCACUGCAGAAUUUAACCUGUAGUUAUGGUUGUGAUAAUACUACAAAUCCAGGAACGUGGGAGUGUAUAUGUGCUGAAGGGUAUCAACUUGAUAGUGGCAGCGGAAAUUGUUCUAAUAUCAAUGAAUGUGAUGCUAAUGUAUGUACACAGAACUGUCAAGAUACUGUUGGUAGCUAUAUCUGUUCCUGUUAUAGAGGCUUCAAAUUAAAUGCUGAUAAAACGUCUUGUUCAGCCUGUUUGAGUCCAUUUUAUGGUGACAACUGUGCAAGUCAAUGUAGCUGUGGACCAGGCGCAUUAAGAUGUGAUCCAAGUCGUGGAUGUGUUUGUAACAGUGCCUGGACUGGAACUAAUUGUGAUGUUGAUGUCAAUGAAUGUGUAGAAACUCCAGGCAUAUGUCAAAAUGACGACAAGACUUGUGCGAAUGAAGAUGGCGGUUAUGAAUGUAAUUGUAGAUCGGGUUUUGAAAAAGUGUCUGCAGAUGACAGUUUUCCUUGUGCAGAUAUAAAUGAAUGUAGUAGUGCAACAACAAACAAUUGUUCAACAACAACUUCAACGUGUCAAAAUACAGAUGAAGGAUAUACUUGUAGUUGUAACCCUGGCUACCAAACGAAAAAUGUGUACGAAUGUGAAGAUGUAAAUGAAUGCACAACAGAGUCUGAUGAUUGUGAACAAGACUGUGUCAACAAUGUGGGAAGUUAUAACUGUCGAUGUUUUUUUGGUUAUGAACUCAACACUGACAGAAAAACUUGCAAAAAUGUGUCUGAUCCAUGUGGUACCCUGAGUAACCUGACCUGUAGUUAUGCAUGCAGACUAUUUGAAAGCACGGCAUUUUGUUAUUGUCAGUCUGGAUAUGUACUACAGGCUGAUAACCAGACUUGUGCAGAUAUAAAUGAAUGUGACGAUGACAGUAAAAAUCUGUGUACAGAUAAGUCAAUUUGCACAAAUAUAGCAGGAAGUUUCCAAUGUAGUUGUGCAAUUGGUCAGUUCUUGGAGAACGAUCAAAGAACUUGUUCAAAUUGUGAUCAGUUUCACUGGGGUGAUAACUGUAAUAAUACAUGUAACUGUGGCAUUGGGACAGAGAGGUGUGACAGAAUUACUGGAUGUGUGUGUAAAUCAGGAUGGCAGGGGACCAAAUGUGAUGCUGAUAUCAAUGAUUGUAAUAUAAUGAACCCUUGUGAUACCUCUGCCAAUCAAAGAUGUGUCAACACACCUGGCUCAUUUGUCUGCAAGUGUGUGGCUGGUUAUCAGAAUGGAACAGGAACCUGUACUGAUAUAAACGAGUGUCGUAACAAUCCAUGUGAUCAAUUAUGUACUAAUACAGAUGGAAGCUAUACAUGUAGUUGCAGAACCGGCUUUACAAAAGAUGCUAAUGAGAAAUGUCAAGAUAUCAAUGAAUGUGACACAGCCUUGAACAAGUGUGACCAGAACUGUCUUAAUACUCCAGGAAGUUAUAAAUGUUCUUGUAAUGAUGGAUACAUACUCCACCCAAAAGACCAGAGGACAUGCAAAAUUAAGACCCAAUGUUCCAAAUUCAAUUGUACUGACCCAGGAACUUGUGCUGUCAAAUCUGAUGGAUUGGAAUACUGUACAUGUCCAACAGGAUACAAUCUAACAAUGAUGACUGAUAAUAUAACUGGAAUCUGUGAAAACAUCAAUGAGUGUGAGCUAAACAAUCCAUGUGCUAAUGAGUGUACAGAUAAAACACCAGGGUACGAAUGCUCCUGUACCGAAAAUGGUACAAAACUGGACAGUGAUGAACAGAGUUGUACAGCUUGUGCUGAAGGAGAAUGGGGACAGAACUGUGUUAAAAACUGUACAUGUGUGAUAGCAAACACCAAUUCUUGUAAAAAAACAGAUGGAAGUUGUAAUUGUAAAACUGGCUGGGAGGGUGAUAAUUGUGAAUCGGAUGUCAAUGAAUGUAGCAACACAACAAUAUGUCAAGCUAAUUCCAUGUGUGAAAACACCAAUGGAUCCUAUGUUUGUGUCUGUAGAGAUGGUUAUUUUAACUCUGGAGAUGUUUGUAAAGAAUGUGGUUCCAACACAUUUGGUCAAAACUGUGCUCAGAUCUGUAGCUGUGUUGUAACCAAAACAGAUUCCUGUAACAAUGUUGAUGGCAGUUGUACUUGUAAAGCUGGGUGGAAUGGAACCACCUGUUCUGGGGAUGUUGAUGAGUGUAAAGUUACUUCCUAUAUAUGUAACACUACAUAUAAUUCUGAAUGUAACAAUUUAAAUGGUACCCAUGAAUGCAAUUGUGUGACUGGAUACCAGAAAAUAGCUGAUGGAAGUUGCCAAGAAUGUGACAGUGCAAACUAUGGAGAUAGCUGUUUUAAGGCCUGUACUUGUAUUGUUUCCAAUACACUGGACUGUAACAAUGUUAAUGGUAGUUGUACUUGUAAAAAUGAAUAUAAUGGAACCAACUGUGAACUGGACAUAGACGAAUGUGAUGAUGCAACAACUUGUGACAGCAUUCCCCAUUCAACCUGUCAAAAUUCAGUUGGUUCUUACAAUUGUGCCUGUUAUGCUGGAUAUCAAAAAAAUGUUUCUAAUCUCUGUGAUAACAUUGAUGAAUGUGGAAAUAGUAAUUUGAACAACUGUACGGAGAAUGCUUCCUGUUUUGACACAGAUGGAAGUUUUGAUUGUGUUUGUGACUCAGGGUAUACUGGUCAAGGCGAUGUGAAUUGCACAGCCAAGACUACAGCCAAAACUACAGUUAGUGUACCAACAACAACAUAUACGCCUGUGUCUGGUGAAUUUACCAUAGAUGUAGUCCUGACAAUAGCUGUAGAGCCAAAUGGAAAUUUAUCUAAUGAAAAUACUGGCUUUUAUCAGGAAUUAUUUAAUGAUACUCUGUUAGCCCUCACAUCUUACUACUCUAAUUCAGCUGCAACAAAAGACAAUUUCAUUAAAGUAGUUUUGUAUAGAAUAAGCAAGGGAAGUUUAGUUGCGACUCAUGCAGUCAUAUUGAAUUCAACAACUACGACUGCCCAAAAUCAAGUUGCUACUGCCACUUAUAAUCUUGUAAAUGGAAAUGAUAAACUGACAUUUAAUCAAGGUACUACUCCUCUCGAAGCUGGUGCCACUACUGCUUCCAUUACAGCAGGAGGAAAUACAGCUGAAGUUACAAACUCUACAACUAUUUGUGGCACAUUCAACACAUUGAACACAUGUCCAUCAAAUCAGGCAUGUUCUGUGGAUAGUAAUAGCGUACCAUAUUGUGCGCCACUUAAGAGGACUGAUAACUUCCCACUGAUUGUAGGCCUUGGCAUUGGAAUUCCUUUGUUUUUCAUCGUCCUAGCAUUAAUCAUAGUCCUAUGUGUUUAUAACAGUAAACGUCAUAAAAGUAACGAAUUAGACAAUGAUUCUUUAAACAGAACAAUGCCUACUCAUGAAGGACUUUUCACUGGUGCUAUACCUGGUCGAUUCAAUAGCUGGAAUCGACCUGCAGAUAGUGCAUUCUAUGGUCACUGGGAUGACGAGUCUGUAGAUUCAGAAAGAGGAGCAUAUGAUAAUGAGAUGUUUAGGGGAAAAGAUCCCUAUGUGUAUGAUAACAAUAAAGGAGGAAAACCUGCUUCAUUUUCAUGGGAUUUUAUUUUCCAAAGUUUACCUGGAAAUGGUCAGUAUCGUAUAGAGAGGCCAGAAGCAGAAACAACACCUAACCCAGUGUUUUCAAAAUGCGGAGAUCCAUCAAAUAAUGCAUAGAUGACUUGGGAUAAUUAAACAAAUUUUAACAAAUGUUCCUCUAAGAGGGCUUCCAUAUAACCCAUGUGCCAAUAUUAGAGAUAUUCUUCAUCUAAUGAAAUAGAGACAAGAAAACAUUGACACUGAAUAUGUGCUUCUUGAAUUAUCAUAAUAUGUCAUCAUAAUAUUGUAUAUCCGGAUGUCAAAAUUAUGUUUCAAGUGAUUUGUGAAAUCAGCAAGAAGUAAUAAAUAAGUGUAAAUUAAUUUGUGGAUAUUCAUACAGGGUUUUAUAAUGUAGAACUGUGAAUAUGAUAUAUAGAACAAAAUCAGUAGCUGAUUAUAUUAGACGGAUUCAUUUAAAUGGCAUUUCAUGUAUGAAGGAAUAAAUGUGAUUAUGUGAAAUAGGGAACCUGUUUUUUCACUGUCUUUAUUUUUUCAUCACAAUUUGAUCAUCAUCUUUAGUAUGACAUCACAUAUUGAUCAUCAUUUAUAAUAGUGUUAUGUUUCUGUUUUUCUCAUUUUGUUAGACCGAUCAUUAUUUAACAUCGAAUGUUUAGUGUGAACACUUUAAAAGACAACUCUUUCCUUAAUGGUAACAAACAAUAGUUCUAUUGCACUUAUGAUGAAAGAUUGUUUGUGUAAAGAUUUGACAUAGAGGUUUUCAUACUUAUUUAUUGAAAAAUUGCAUUUGAAAUUCUCUCAAAUGGAAUUUUUAGGAAAGGCAAGUUUUGGGAUUAUGAAUUCAGAUUUGACCUUAUGAAUUUUAUGCAGAAUAUUGUAUCCGUUUGUUGGCAAUAAAUUAUGAAUUUGACAGGUGCUUUCUAAAUACCUUAUUCAUCAAGUUUCUUCCCUGAUACUUUAAAAUAAACACUUCUCGAUAUUUGUUGUUCAAUAGUAUUUCAAAAUUUGUUGACAACGAAAUCUGUAGGCAUACUCAUUCCAAAUUAGCUUUAAUCCACUAUUUUCUACAUAAGGGAAUGCCUGUACCAAGUCAGGAAUAUGACAGUUGUUUUCCAUUCGUUUGAUGUAUUUAUGUUUUUGAUGUUGCCAAUUAUUAAUGGACUUUUCGUUUUGAAUUUUCCUUGGAUUUCGGUACCUUUUUCCAUAAUGCCCGUUCUUUUGUUUGAAGCUUUUUGCUAGUUUAUAAAUCAUGCCUUAUUAUAAUUCUACAUUUGACCUUUUUUACAAGCAAUCUUAUAAGAAUUUACUAUUAAACUGAAGUGCAGUAUGAUAUCUUCUUUUGUUUUUAAUUUGUUCAUCAUUGGGUUUACUUUAUUUACGUAUAUAAAUGUGAGUGAUAUUAGUCUAGAUGAAUGGGUGCAAUUUUGUAGAAUAAGUGCAAUCGUCUUAUAAUGUACCAUUUUCUUUAUACAAUCAAAUUGUAUAAACAUUAUAUGCAUUUCAUUUUGCUAUUUGUAAAGAUAUAUAUAAGCAUUUAGGUUUACACCUCAGGGAAUUAGAUUUGUUUAAUUAGUUUGUACAGCUCUGGUAGUAUCUAGCAAAAAUACAAUCCAUAUACCCAGUAACAAUAAUUUUGUCAAAAUUGUAACCUUGUUUUGCUAUAGUUUUUAAAAACAAAUAAGUUUGAAAACAAAUAAAUAUGUGAAAAAUAUUAAACAAAAUAGUGUUCUUAUGGGAACAGUGGUGAACUGUCACAAGUCUUUCACCUUUUAUAAUUCUGCAUACGCUUUACUUUCAAUCAUUGAAUCAACUUCAGUUCAAAUUGUAACUGCAAUAUAUUUUUUAUCAUAUUUGGAAUAGUUCUUUAAAACACAUUUCCUACAUCGAAAGCUUGCAUAUUUUAUUCAUCCUUUAUAGUUAUAAACACUGUAAACUGCAUUUUAUCAUUUAUAUUAUAAGGUCUAUCAUACCAGGAAAAGUAACAAAAUCAUAAUACACUUUAAGUGAUGACUAAUAACUUACAUAGUACUUACAGAUAAAAACAACUUUUUCAAGAUUGAUUUCAAUGAUAUGUUAAUACCAGAAAUAUAGUCCCCUAUUGUUAUGACUCAUAUCAAAUACGUAUUAAUUUGCAUGUUCAUCCUUAUAUAACAAAAUGUAUGAUAAAUAUAUUGUUUUUCGUUCAAAUCUUUUUUAUGUCUGUCUUUAAAAUCAUAGACAUUGUUAAAUAUGUUUUUAAGUGUUAUUUGAUUUUAUUGAUUUUUUUUAUUAUUAUUUAACACAAAUUAUAUGAUUAUGGAAAUACAUUUGAUUAUAGGAAUAUGUGAUAUUCAGUGUUUUAGAUGUGAUUAUCAGUUACUUAAAAUUAAUCUAUAAUGUUCAAAUGAAACAUGAUUUCAUAUCAAUAUUUUUUUUAGAUAUGGUAAAAUAAAAAAAGGCUAACAAUUUGUAAGCAGUUUAUCUAGCAAUAAUUGUUAAUAGAUUUGGAAUUCUAGCAUAUGUAUAUAUAGUAAUAAGGUAUCGUCCAUAGUUACUUGUCUGAAAUAUUGUUAUAUUAUGCAUUUAUAUUUUAAGAAAAAAAUCAAAAUUUAUUUAUACAUAUAUAUUCAUUUAUGAAAUUAAAAAUAUUUUUAUAA